UUAUUAUUAUUAUUAUUAUUAUUUGUGUUUUGGGAAUUAACGUAUUCUAAAAUAUUUUAUAAAGCAUGUGGCCUAUUAUUAUGGCAAUUUUACGCAGAAAUGCGGUAUAUAUUACUUUACCAAUAGCCGGCGUCGUUGGAUUCAUAGGAUAUAAUCUAGAGAGCCUGUUGUCCGACAAAUAUACACCUUACAGCAAAUCCAUACAAGAAAAUCGAGCAGAACGUUUAACAGAAGAUUUGGCAAAUGCCACCCAAGUGGAAAAAUUGCGCUUAAAGGAAAAUGUUCUUGAACGAAACCUAUCGCCUUCCUUGCAAAAGAAAAUGUAAUAAAUAGUAUAUUAAGAAAUUUAUCAACAUCUUGUGAUUUUAGAAUUAUAUAUGUGCUAGUGUUUUGUUAGCAAAUAGAAACUUGUUUUGUGACUGUA